AUGCGUACCCCAGCCAGCACUUCCUUUGCCAUUCUCGCUCUCCUCGCAUCUUCCGCUAUGGCCUCUCCGGUCCCAGCUGUCGCCAUCAAUAAUCAAGCUUUGGGACACAAAGUCGGUAACCACCAAAAGAGUAGCAGUUCUAUCGAUAUGGCUGCUCAUGCUAUACACAAACCUUCCGAACGUCAUCAAUCGGAACACCACAAAGGAGGGAAACAUCACGACGAACGAGGUCUUUCAGGAGGACAUCAUAAGCAAGGUGGACGCAAAGGUCACAAUCACCCUCUCAGCCAACGAACCGAUACAUAUGAUGAUAUGGAGGAUCGUGAGGUUCAUCAUGAGGGUCAUCGCUCACGCUCUGUCCAACCUCUCGAUAUUUACGGUCGCGAUGGUUAUUACGCAGAGGAGAAUGAUGGCCACGAUCAGCAGACCAGGAGUCACAUCGUCAUUCCUGGAACUCUUCUUGCCCAUACGAAACCUAUCAUCGGGGAGCGUCAUUCCCAGAAUGAUCACCCAGCCAUUGAUAUUCCGGGCGGCUCUUCGAAAUCUAUCAAUUUUGGUGGACAUCACGGAAAACAAGCCUCGAAAUCAGACAGCGGAUCUUCCGAUUCUUUAGUGGCAAAAGCCAUGGAGGGUCUCGCUCACUGGCAUCACUCCAGAGUCAUGUCCAACAAACAAGGAAAUGGAAAAGCGUCAUUGGACAAACUCGUGGGAACGGCCAACAUGCACACCCGAGGAACUCACGACGAUAAGCAUCACAUCGAUAUGGAUAUCGGAGACUACGUGAAAAACGAAAUCAACCACGUCUCUCGUUCGACCAAAGCUCAACAACAGAAGAACAAUGAUCAUGGAAACAUCAAUGACAUUGAAGAGGACGUCGACUUGAAGAAAGUUCAUCUCGCGAGUCAGAAGGACAGCGACGCGCCGAUCGAUGGCAAUCUUCAUCUUAAGUCUCAUCAUACUCGUCAAAUGGACGAAGAUGAAGACGACCAGCCUGAGAAUGACGAAGAUCCAGAUACGGCUGACCAAGGAGAUGAUGGGGAUGAUAUGGAACGUCGAGAUUCUACCAAACCCUUCCAUGAUCUGGACACAAUCUCGAAACCCCACAAUGUGAAUGUGGCGAAUACGAAAUACAAUUCGCCUAAACAUUUUUCCGACAUUGUCGAGAUCAAUCAACGUGGAAAUCAAUACGAUUUGAAAAUCAACGAGGGUUCUCAUUUGAUGCCUGGUGAUCAAACCAAGACGGAUGAUAAAAACAUCAAUGGGAUAUUAUACGACACAACCCUUCAAAAUAAACCCGUUAAUGUGAAAGAUGGAAAUGCUCCAGCUACUGUUCAUUCGAAUCUCGGAAGAGCUCUCGAUGUCGAUCUUUUCCCUGGAACACAUGCUCCAGGUAGAGAAGGUACUAUUUCUGCUACUGAGGAAGAUCAAGGUCUUCAUCUACUCGAAACACCUGGACAAGAUGCAACUCUUGCACAAAUCGAUGAUGAAACUUCUGGUCAUAAGAUUCAAGUUCAACUUCCUUCACUUGAAGCUGCCGCUCCUCAUGAUGUGACAGCUGAGGUUGAUCAAGAUGAGAAUGAAAUAGGAAAAGAAGCUUCUUUAUUAUUUGGUCAAACUCCAAAAGUGAACAAAGCUGCAGAGGUUGAUAACCCUAAUGAUAAUGUCCCUGUUAUCCUCAACGUAGGACCUCAAGAUCAACAACAAUCUCAAGUAAAACCUUCUGCAUCUACAUCUCAUUCUCAAUCACAAUCACAUCCUUCAGCAUUAGCUUCUCAUCCUUCAUCUUCCGUCUCUCAUUCUUCAUCUUCCGUCUCCCACUCUUCAUCCUCUAUCUCUCACUCUUCCUCCAUCUCUCACUCUCAAUCAAGCUCAAUGGAACAUACGUCAAGUUCAAGCGCUUCCGAUACCCGAACCAGUUCCGCACCUACUGCCGCUCGUCAAAACUUCGCCGCUCAAUCUUCCGGCCCUCAACCAAAACCUUCUUCUUCUAUAUCCCAUUCUUCUAUCCAAUCUCAUUCUCAUCCCUCCACAAGCUCAACUCAUUCAUCUGCCAUCCCUAAACCAUCUCAAGAUCCCGAAAUUGGCGCCACGGCCGAUUCUCCAGAUGGACAAGUUUUCUCACCUUACUCUGGUCCUCAUAGGGCUUAUGUCAACCCAGGACAAGGACACGUUUUGCAACCUGGUCAAACAUCACCUGGUCAACAACAAGAACAAAAAGAAGAAUCUCAAUUACAACAAACUGAAAUGAAACAAGCUCGUAAACCUGUGAACGAAUUACCAGCGGGUACUGUUCCAUGUGAUGGUUUGAACAAAUAUGAAGUGGGUCAGAUGGUAGAUAUUUGUGCGCAUUUGGAUGUUCAAAAUUUCAUCGAUGAUAUGAAACCUUGUCCAACUGAAAUGCAACAUGACAUUCACAUCAACACCGACUCUCGGGAUCCUUGGUUUUACCGUUUAUGUAUCUCUACCGACGCUCUCUGA